AUGGAGGCGGAUUGGAAAGAAAUUCUAAAUUUUUCUCAACAGGAACUGAAUGAACAAGAGAAGGAGAGACUUUGUGAGAACUUAUCGUGGAUGGAAUCAGACGACAUAGAACUUAACUUCUCUGACUUGAAAACUUUAUUUAAGCUUGCCCAGGAUAUUUUGAAAUUUAAAAGUGAACAGGUGAAAAACUUACAUGGUCAACUGGAAACACUGAGACGAGCACACGAAAAGAAAGACCAUACAAAUGUUUUAGUUGAUUCAGAUGAUACAACAUCUCAUCAAGAAGAGAAAAUAAGUGCUAACAAAGAAAUUUUAGAGCAGCUUUACUUGGAUAUAGCUGAAUUAGAAAAACGAAAAAAAGGAUUAAUAAACAAGAAUGCCCACAUUGAUAGUGAUUCAAGUCGCGAUGUCAUUACUGAAAUGGAGACGAUAGAUCAACUUGAAAAGGAUGUUUUAAAAAAGAAUAAUCAUAUUAGAAAACUCUUAACGGAUAUUAAGGUGCUUGAAGAUGAAAAUACUUCCCUUAAACAAAAACUAUCUACAUUUAAAGUGAAACUUAAGGAAGCUACACUAUUAAUUGAAAACCUCACCGAGCAGCUGGGUGUUAUUAAUGAAGAAUGUUCUGAAUUAAAAGCAAACCUAGGAAAUAGCGAGGAAACCGUUUCUCGUCUUAAUUUAGAGAUCCAGUCCUUAAACAAAAAACUGCAAGAGAAAUCUUCUCAAAAAGCAACUGUCACAGAGGAUACUCAUCAGAAACUGCAAAAUUUAAAGGACACAAUUAAACGCCAAAAGAUGAAGCUGGAAAUGGUUUCUGCUGAAAACCACAGACUUAAGGAAGAUCUUCAUAAGAUUCCUGAAAGUGAUCCAACAAUAUCGGUUUCACCAGAUAAAAAAGAUUUAAGAAUUAAAGAACUGCAAGAAAAAUUGACGGAAGCGUCACAAAAAAUAAUAAGUUCUGCAAAUUUAAUAAAUAUGUUGAGAAUUGAGAAUGAUCAGUUAAAAUCAAAUACAAUUAAUGAUGAAAAUGCAAAAUUGACUUGUGAAAGUAAAAAUAUUAGUGAUGAUUGCAAAGAGAAACAUAUGAAAUUACAAAGGCAAAAUAAAAAACUUACCAAUGCUUUACGUGAAGCUGAAAACUUAAUUUCGUUAAGAGAACAUGAGAUUGCAAAUAUGUCGUCCCAACUGAAACUUCUUCAAUCCAAGGAUGGCAUAAACACUUUGCUGUUACGACUAAAAAAUAAAAAGCAAGAAAUAAAAUUUAAAGAUGACAGUAUUAAAUCAUUGGUUCAAGAACUUAACUCUGUUCAUGAACUAGUAAAUGAUCUUCAAAUAGAAAAUGAAACCUUAAGGAGACAAUUGAAUAUCCCAGCCACUGAAAAAUUACAAACACAAGGAAUUUUAAAAGAGUUUUAUGACAUGAAACAAAAAAGUUUAGAUUUAAAAGAAAAAUUAGAUAGAACUAAGAACCGAUUAGUAACAUUUGAGAUGGAAAAUCAUAUAAGGGCUCAAAAUAUAAACAAAUUAACUAACAUGUUGAAAAAAUUUAAUGUCAACCAAGACAAAAUUGACUCCGUCCUGAAAAAUGAAUACUUAGAUAUAGACGUAGAUGAACCAAAAUCUUCCCCUAAUGAAAAUAAAAUAGCGAAGGAUGAUAUAAUUGAAAAGGAUUCUAAGGAAAACUCCGCUGAAUAUAAUGCAAUAGUUGAGGAAAAUGAAGGGUUACGGAAUAGUCUUGUAGAACUCUUAAACUUCUUAAAAGACAACAGUACGACAAGCUCUGGAGUCUUAACAUUGGAAUGUCCAAGUUUAGAUAAUGUACUUCAAGCUAUGGAAGCUCGUCGAGCUGCUGGCUGGCUGGGACCACAUAUGAAAACUAUUUUAGAAUUAAGGGCCGCAAUUGGUGGAAGAGACGCAUUGUUGGCUGCUUUAAAUGACUCAAGAAAGGAAACCUUCAAAGUUAUGGAACAACUAUCAAAUGAAUCUACCAAAUGUGUAAACCUCACAAAAGAGUUACUGGAACUUAAGUCCAAUAUUCACAAUUUUGAAGACCCUGAUAUAAAGUCAUUUGAUUGCAGUGAAGGUGAAUGUGGAUCUUGGAUAUUAGAAAAUCAAAUAGAAGAUAUUGACGUGUUAGAUAACAACCAAUUACAAGCAGUUUUUAAUAAGUCUAAUGCAUUUUAUAUAAAUAAAGUAAAGUAUAACUUUAUCUACUUUAAAAAUAAAUUUGAAAUGCUUAAUGACAGAUUAACAUCAUUAACUCUUCGAGCAACAGAAGAUAGAUAUAAAUGGACAAUUCAAGAAGAAAAAUACAAAACAGUAAUUGAGAAAUUUAAAGGACAAUUAAAUGAAGAAAAUGACGACGAAAGACAUUCCCCGGGACUUAUUGAAGACGCGCACAUUUUCACUUUACAGUCUAAAUGUAACUACUUACAAGAAAAUUAUAGCUACAUAAAAAAUUUAAAUAAAAAUAUAAGGAAUGAGUACUUAGAGUACAAAGAAGAAGCCUUAGGAAAAGCUUCUGAAUAUGAGAAUCAGAUUCAAAAUUUGAUGUAUGAAGUAACUGAAUUAAUCGAAAAGCUUCACAACUCUGUGCCUGUUGAAUUGUUUCGGAAACAAAACAUUACUCUUGUUGAAUAUGUUUUGAAGUACCGCAACUUAAUUGAAAAUGAAUUAAGAUCUCACAUUCAUUCGCAUUCUGUUACGGAAGGAUUGACUAAGAUCAACAUUGUUAAACCUAAUCAAACAAUUGAUUCUAAAGAAGUAAGCAAUGAUAUGGAUGGAACGGACAUCGGUAAUCCUACACAACACCUUACAAAUCCAGUAGCGCCAAAAGAAUUAGAAACACUCGAAGCUGAACUUAAACUUAAAAAUGAACAAAUUGGACUGCUUAACACAAAAAUUAUUGAACUUCAACAAUCGCUGUCGGAAUUAAUAGACAAGACAGUAUUCGCUGCGUCUAGUGAAGAAAUAAAAUGCAUGAAGGAAGAUCUUUUAAUGGUAUCUCAAGAAAAUAAAAUAUUACUUGAAAAUAAUCGCCACCUACGUACUCAGUUAGAUAUUGUAUCCACUAAGCUUCAAGGCGUUACACACAACAACACAAGCCAUGAAUUAGAAAUCAAUGUGUUAAGACAUCAAAUUCUUGAUUUACAAUCAACAAACGAGAACAAAUCAACGAUAUCCAGGCUAAGUAAUGAGUUACUUAUAACUCAUUUGCAAGUUACAGAAAGUUUUGAGAAAAUUGAAACUUUGAAGGUAGCACUAAGUAAAGAACAGCAACUAAGGCGUGAUGCGGAGAAAAUGUUAAGGAAUCAGAAAAAUGUCCUGUACGUUUACAAUGCACGCAAUAAUGAUAGAUUUAGGAACUUCAACCAUAUAUUAGACGUCUUUCAACAGCAAUAUAUGGGAGUGUUACCGUUGUUGUCUAUUGAAAGCUAUGUUAAUAGUAUGACUGAGCUACGUGACAGAGAAAAUAGAAUUAAUGAAAGGGUUGACGAGAUUGACACACUGCGAGAAAAUUUAAUUAUAAAACAUAGUGUGUCAGAUCAAAUAAUACAUUUAUCUAAAUCAAAAUGCUUCGGACAUGACUCUUGUGAACACAAACUGAUAUGUACUGUAUUGGAAGCCACAAAAGAAAUGGAAUUAAGUCACAUUCUAAGAAAAAAUAAUAUACUAGAGGAAUCUCGUAAAACUCUGCUAGAUAAAUGUAGCUAUUUGGAGAGGACUUUACUAUUAUUAAACCAAGGAUUCCAGCAAUCUAAGAAUUUAUUACAUUCAAAUACUCAAGGUAUACAGGAUAAAACACAGAGGGAAAAUGUUGAAUUAGAUGAUGUAAAAUCUGACAGCGAUUCUGUAGCAAAUGAUGGUACAUAUACUUUAUCUAUACCUAUUGAAAAAACGGAGCUUAAAACUAUUUCAACGCAAACAUCACAAUUAUAUGAAAAGAAUGAAACUCUUAUAGCUGAUAGACACCUGAACACCACAUCCACUCAAACAGAUAUUGCCAACUAUAGAAAGAAAGACAAAUUAAUUCAGUCUGAUGAAGAUGAAACAAUUCAAGAAUUAAGAAAGAACUACAACAAGCUCUUAGAAUCAAGAGAACAACAGGAAAAAAAGUUGCAUGAAUUUAAAACAGACUACAACAAACAAAACCAAGAAUUGAAUUACGUAAAUCUGCAUAACAGUGAUCUUAAUAAGCAAAUUAUAGAAUUGAAACACGAAAUAGAGAGCUUGGUAGAGUCAAAUAAUCUUAAAGAUAUCCUCAAAGAUUCGUUAAAUGAAAAAGUUGAUUCUUUAAAGAAACAAAUAAAUGAAUACAGCUUUAAAGAUAAGAAAAAAACCGAUGUUGACACGAAGAUCUUGGAAGAAAAAAAUGCUCUUAUCUCGAGUAUCAAAAAGUUAGAAAUGGAUAAAAAUAGUAUCGUUGAGGACUAUUCGAAACUAUUAAAAAGUGAAAGGGAUGAUUAUGAGAAAUCUAUUCUAUAUUUUCAAUCAAAACUGAUUGCUCUGAAUGCUCAAUUAGAUAAGAAAGGAAAGAGUCCGCAACACGGCCCUGAAAAUGGAACUGACUUUGCAGUGAAAUACACAUUAAAAAUAACAGAAUUAGAAGACAAGUGUUUUAAUUUAAACAGUGAUUUAGAAACUACUAAGGCGGAACUAAAUAGCUACAAAAGUGAAUUGGAAAGGUGGAAAAACUUAGCUUCGGAGAGAUUAAUAAAAAUGGAGCAUUUAAGUGAGCAGUUGAAAGAAAGACACGGUCAAGAGGUAGAAUCCUACAAAGCUGAAAAUCAGCAUUGGCUAGCACAACUAAAUGAAACCCAGCGAGAACAUUACGAUCUUCGUGUAAAAUUAGCUGAACAGAAAGCGGAGCAUUUGAAACAACUGGCAAACAAAGAUGCCCAUAUUGAACAACUACGCAAUGUUAAUAACAAUCUGAAGAUACAAAUAACAAGUAUGCAUUCAAUGAUAGCAACGAACGACCCGAGCUUUGACUUGUCCGCCAUCGUCGAGGUGGAAGAAGCGAGCGACGUUGGUUCUCAACAAGAUUCAGAUCACAAGCUGGAGUUAAAGUUUGUAUCGACUGAUGACUUGAUCGACUCACCAGAUCUCCGAACCUCUACAGCUAUUUGGCAAGAACCGGUCGUGGAGCGGUUGCGGAGAGAAAAGCAGCUGAUAAGCAAACAAAACACAAUAUUGCGAAGACAAAUCAAAGCCCUCGCAGGUCGGGAGAAACGAGCACGUCUGGAUGCGCAGAAUCUUAAGAACCAAGUCUUCCGCAUAAGUACUUCAGGACACAAGGUUGCCACAGCGGAGUCGGCAGCGCUUCAGAACAAAAUAGCGUCACUACUAGCUCAACUGACGAGUGCAAGACGUGAUGCUCACUCUAGUGUUGCCCUGUGGGAUAAAUGGAAGAGAGCGUCUCAAUCAUCUGAACGAUGGCAAGCGAAGUAUGAAGAGAAAUGCCAAGAACUUAUUAAACUCGAGUCAAGUCUGAGUUUAGCAAAGUCAGCAGUGGCGAGGUUGGAAAAGGAGAAGCGCUUACUAUUAUCCAGAUUAUCUGAAUGUAGGAGUGAUAAGACCGUGGCUAUAGAAAAACAAGAGUCAGAAUUGCCCGAGAAACCUUCCCGCUCUGAAUAUUACGAUUGUUCAGCGCCCGUGCCUGCGAGAGCACUGCUUGAACGAGUCGAGGCACAACAACGCAGAAUUGUUGCACUCGAAAUGGCCGACAGAGGCAAUGAACCGCUGGUGACUGAAUAUGAGAAGUCCCUGGCUGAGAUCACAUCCCUGAAGGGACAGGUAUUAAAACUGGAGUCCGCGUUGCUCGAGGCUCAGAUCCAAUCCCCUCUCAGGUCUUCGCGAGACCCCAAGCCGGAGCUUGAUUAUUGGAGAAGUUACUGCGACAUGCUGAAGGAGGAAAACAUGCAACUGACGCUGCGAGUGAGCUGCUUGGAAGGUACGAACACGUCACCUGUCCAUCAUCAUCGCGUGGCCGAUCUGGAGCAAACAGUGCUCACACUUCGAGGUUUGGUGAGCAAAUUGCAAGCUGAACAAAAAUCCUCGGCAGCUGUUAGCAAGCGAUCUGAUUCUCGACCAGCAAGUGGAAGAAGUAGUGUUGCGGACAAAGGCCGUCCCAAUGCAGAUACAUACCGCACAGAAAUUGCAAACCUCAAGAGGAGCAUACAGGAAAAAGAUUUGCUUCUUGAGAAGUCUAAGGAAAUGCUCAAAAUCGCCGCGGAUAGAGAAGAUGACCUAUUGAGAGAGAACAUGAUGCUACGACAGCGCCUUGAAGAUAUGACGGAAAACAGAGGCCGCUUUUUGUCUGUAUAACUGCCUUACAAAAUAUAAUUAUUUACUUUUAAUUUUCACGUUAAAAUUUUUAUUAUUUUCACACGGAAACUUUAAUUUAUAUACACGUCACGUUUGUUGUUUAUAUGUUCUGUAAUGUAAGCAAUUAGUUUUAUAAGAUUAAGUAUUAAUAAGUGAAUAAUUUUGUGAAAAUACAGGCAAAUUUCGGAAAUGGAAAUAAAUUGCUUUUU